UUCAAAGGCAAACUACAUUAUCCAACCUCACGCUCUUCAAGUUUCGUUAUAUUCGAUCUCCAUCUCCUAUUUUGUUUUGUCUUUGAAAACAAACUUGUUAUCUUGUCAAGGUUGCUUGAAUUUGAACAUCUCGCACGGACAGAUUACCAAGAUAUAUUAUGAGUGGUGCAUGAAGGAGUGUUACCUGAUGUGAAUUAUGGAAUAUUCGACGGUAUUUUCGUUUCUCCUGAUCGUCGUCCUAUUCAAAGGCUCUUCGUCCACGGACAGAUUACAAAAUUUUACUUCAGUCGGCUGCCUUAAUGUAAGCUGUUUCGAACCAGGCUUCAACGUUUCUCUAUCUCACAUGACUGCAUCACUGUGUACGAAUGAAUGCACAAGUCGUGGGUUCUACUUUACCGGUCUCUACAAUGGGACCGAGUGCCGGUGUGCCAACACCCCUCCCUGUGAAGGGGUGUGGUCUAGAUCAAUGCCGGAUAUGUGCGGUGUACCCUGUUCUGGUGACGUCGGAAGCCAUUGUGGAGGACGGGAUGCUGUGCAGGUGUACUCUUAUCCAGGUGAACACCCAAUUGUAGGGGACUGGUGGUUUGACGGCCCAAACAACAUCAUGGAAUGCACUGCAACCAAUGAACUGAACAUCGUAGUAGCCACAGCGGUUAAUGGGUACAACUUCACCGGCUCGUGGCAAUUGGCCUUCUGGGGCAGCAACAUCCCAUAUGACGCUGAUGACCAGGACCACGGGACUUCCCUGUCCCUGGACUUGAAGGACAUCCCGAUCGGUUCAGAUCUGCAGACAAUUCAGAAAGAGGUACGAUGGCACGUGGACAAAGAGCUGUCCUGUGACCAACUCGGAUUCCUGUGCGUUCACCUACAACGUAUUGGUUUUGCCGAUUUCCCGAACAGUACGGACCCUCAACCGUCAUGUCAUGAAAUCACCUGUGAAAGGAACCCUCAUCUCCGGUAUAAGUGCACUGACAAUCAGUGUUCAUGUGUGGACCGGCUUGUCGACUCAACUAAACGUGAGGAAGAAAAUCUCGCAGCCAUCGAAAAGGCUAAUAUCACUGAGGAAACGGUUGAUGAAGUUCUUGAAGGGGUCAACUCUUUGUCAUCUGAGGACUUCACGACUGACGCAGUGAUAACCAUAGCCAAUGUCAUUGAAAAUGUGGUGUCCUUAAACUCUACGAAUACAGAGGUAACAAGUAGUGUGGUAGCCAUCAUUGGGAAUCUUAUGAACUCUGACCCGGAAGCUUUAGCUGCAGCCCAGGGUUUGAACCAAUCCAGCAGUAGGGUUAUGCUGGCCUUGGAACACCAACUACAGGUGGUUGACUUGACCAAAAACAAUGGCUCCUUUUCCUCUGUUCAACCGAAUCUAGCUGUUCAGGUCCAAGCGACCACACCGGAUGUUCUCAGAAAAGGUAUCACCUUCGUCUCGCGGAGAUCGACCGUCGAUGAUCACCUAACCGACAGCGAUAUCGAACUGUACAACCACGACGAACCAAUCGACGCCAAUGACCUCAGAGCCUCGAUCAACGUCAAAACGCACUUCGUAGACGACCUCGACGAUGCGUCAAUGAGCUCGAACAUCAGAACCACAUUUGCGGUGAUUCGUGAGCCAUCCCUGUUCAUCUCUGAUGUUUACGAUCACGGGACUGGGACCUACGGUAGUCCAAAAGGAAGACGACUUCCCAAUACUCCCGUGAUUUCUGUCACUAUCGAAGGGUCUGGACUUAGAAAGAUGAACACAGAAGUUACCAGCGCUUUCCAUCCCAUUCUGACUAGCAACGGCUCACUCAUCAUAGAUGAUCCAAUCUGUGUAUUUUGGGACUUUGAAGCCAACAACGGGACUGGUGACUGGUCCGACUAUGGAUGUUCCUUGCUUCAGAAUGCUACACACAUCACCAACUCAACAGCUAUCAUGUGCAUGUGUAAUCACACGACCAACUUUGCUGUUAUUAUGAAUUUCCACAGCCCCGAACCAUCUGUGCACUUCAAAAGGGCUUCAAAGUACCUGAGUUACAUUGGUUGUGGACUAUCUAUUGUCAGUCUGAUCAUGACUUUGGCCGUUUAUGUACUUUCACCGAAACUGCGACAGAAGCAACCCAAUCAGAUCUUCAUGAACAUCUGUCUGUCUCUCCUCUUCCUGUACAUCGCCUAUAUCCUGGUCGUCAUAUUCACCCGAAAACGAAUCGACGUAGCUGAAUCCAAUGACGACAUAGACGUCGAGAAGGACGUUGAGAUAUGGUGUCAUUGUCUGGCUGCAAUGAUUCAGUAUUUCACGCUGACUUCUCUUGUGUGGAUGGCCGUUGAGGGCGUCAACAUGUAUCUGCUCUUCGUGAGGGUGUUAAAUGCAAGGAUUCCCGGAUUCAUAACCAAAGCUUCGCUCAUUGCUUGGGGAAUACCAGUCAUCGCCGUAGCCAUUACUGGGGGAAUUGCUCGCCACAAUUAUGUUGACCCGAAUUUGUGUUUCCUCGCUAAGAUGCCUAAGAUCGGUGGUUUGCUAUGUCCUAUUGGCGUCAUCAUCAUCGCUAACAUCAUCAUCUUCACCUUGGUGAUCAUUCGACUGGGACGAACAAUCCGGAGUUCAUCAACCAAAAGGGAUAGUAUCAUCCUGCGUGCCAAGGAGGGCCAACAACGCUUACAGAAGGCCAUCUGCAUCUUUCUCCUCCUAGGUCUGACCUGGUCAUCGGGGUAUUUCCUCCUCAUCGGCACCGCCUUCAACCAGGUCUUCCAGAUCAUCUUCAUCAUCCUCAACUCCUUCCAGGGGUUCUUCAUAUUCGUCAUCUACUGUCUCCGUCAGCGCGUCGUUCGGGCCGAGCUGAGCAGGCUUUGCGGCUGCGGGAGAUCCUCGAAGCGACGCAGCAUCUCAAUCGCUAGCUCCAGUAAGCGGGAGGAUACGAUGAAGACUCGUCAGACCGAGAUGCCUUCCACGACUAUCAUCGGCCCUAGCUUUGACGACAUAGAGCUUAACAUAUCCGAUGCGGAAGAUGCUGAAGGACCACUGAAUCGGGGUACUAUUCGUACAGAGUGGACAGAAUCAAGGCAAGGACGUUCAGAUCAAGAGACAAGACCCGCGAGUUCUGCAGAUCCUGUUCAGCAAAGACGAAGUAAAUGGUUGAGCUUCACCGAGAUGCGGGAUCAUCUGGAGGUAGUGCUGUCGAAAGGGAAGAGGAAUCGCAAACACAAAGAGGUUCUCUCUUCAGAGUGUUGGGCUGCUGGUCAACAGGACAAGCAUCGCUCUCUUCAGUCACGUGACAAGUAGGGUUUCAAGAAGGAAUCAACGUCACGUGUCGUCACGCUAAGGUUUCAGAAGGAGAUGAAAAUAUGAGCUGAUAUUUGAUUUAGACUGUACAUUCUAAAGAAGUGUUCUAAAAAGGAAAAAUACCCCGCAGAUCUCCGACUAACUAAUCAGCUUGAGCAAAACACAGUACAUAGAUUAAGUAACCAUGCGCUAUAAUGUGUCUCUCUGUGACAGAGGCUUUUUAUCAAUAUUCAAGGUCACUCCGCGAAUUCAUAAGCGGUCGCGUAUAACACAUAACCUUCUAAAACAAAAAUAAUGGUUUACAAACAUAGCAUUUAAUAUAUUUCCCAUUUAUU